CCUCCGUCUGCCUGGGGCCGUGGAGGAGGGAUGGCGCUGCCCGAGCUGCGGGCGGCGUUGGAGCAGAGGCUCGGCGCCCUCGCCAUCCGCACGGAGGUCGUGGAGCACCCCGAGGUGUUUACAGUUGAAGAAAUGAUGCCUCAUAUUCAACAUUUGAAAGGAGCACAUAGUAAGAACUUAUUUCUUAAAGACAAAAAGAAGAAAAACUACUGGCUGGUGACAGUUCUUCAUGACAGACAAAUUAAUUUAAAUGAUCUUGGCAAGCAGUUAGGAGUUCGGAGUGGAAAUCUUCGGUUUGCUGAUGAAACAGACAUGCUAGCAAAACUAAAAGUUGGUCAAGGCUGUGCCACACCUUUGGCACUCUUUUGUGAUGAUGGAGAUGUUAAGUUUGUUUUGGAUUCAGCUUUUCUGGAAGGUGGACAUGAAAAAGUAUACUUUCAUCCAAUGACGAAUGCUGCAACCAUGGGACUGAGUCCUGAAGACUUUCUUGUAUUUGUGAAGGCUACAGGACAUGAUCCCAUAAUUCUGAACUUUGAUUAAAAACUGACUGGGAGCAGGGCAUGGUCUAGUACUAUAGACAGAACAGGCUAAUUUCUUGAGUUCUAGGCCAGCCAAGGAUUACACAAUCAGAUACUGUGUCAAACAAUUGUGCUAAUGCUUAUAAUAAACUCAUUUCUGACA